AUGGGUCGGAAACUUAGAGGACUGCUUAGUGCAGUUAAAGCUCAUUUGGUACUAUUGGAUGCACGUCUGAAGAAAAAUGAAUGUGCUGGGAAGCCGUGUCAAAAUGGUGGAACAUGUAUCGAUUUGUACAAAAAAUUCAUGUGCAUUUGUCCGUCAGCAUUUGAGGGAACUACUUGUGAAAACAGAGUGGACGAAUGUGCACUCUAUGAGGGUACGCAUGCUGGAUGUCAGAACAAUGGAACCUGUGUGAACAAAGCGACUGGUUUUCAGCUGUUUGAUGCCUGUGUCCGAAUUUUCAGGUGUAUAUGUCCGAAGGGGUACCAUGGUAGUCGCUGCGGGCUCCGAGUUACCGCGUGUGAAUUUUCAUUUGAUCUUUGCGGACCAGCUGGUCAUUGCAUUCCAGCGCCGCCUGUAAAUGAUUCGGGCGAACCCGGAUAUCGUUGUAUUUGUGAAUGGGGUUAUCGGUCAACAGCGGACAAGGCCAAUCCGACAUGUGAAGAUAUCGACGAAUGUGAAUCAAAUCCUUGCUAUCCAGGUGCAACGUGCGUCAAUUUACCGGGAUCCUUCAAGUGUUCAGGAUGUCCAGCGGGCAUGACCGGGAAUGGCGUCAACUGUUUUGAUAUUGAUGAAUGUGCUGACACGGAGUUGGUAACGUGCUCCAAAGAUCCACCCGUGCAAUGCAUCAACACGAUUGGUUCGUUCACAUGUGCCGCAUGCCCGCCAGAUGGUCGUUAUCACAAAGGUGCAUUUCAAGGCUACAAAGGUGAUGGUCGUAUUUGCACAAAACUGGACCCUUGCGAAACAGCACCAUGCUAUCCGGGUGCUAAGUGCUUCAAUAUGGGUUCAGCAUCACUGACUGAAGGUGGUUAUCGGUGCGAAUGUCCACAGGGUAUGAUCGGUGAUGGCAUCGGUCGAGAAGGAUGCUACCGAUCGAAUGCGACGUUGUGUAGCAUUGAUACGUGCUACAAUCAAGGAACAUGCCAGGUUGUUUCUGAAGAUGAGUAUAAAUGCCAUUGCAAUUGGGGUUAUGUUGGCAAGCGUUGCGAAUUCGCAACGGCAUGUUUAGAGAAUAUUUGCGGUGGAAGGGGUGAAUGCAUACCCAAAGCAGACGCUUCUUUCGAGUGUAAAUGCAUGAAAGGAUACUACGGUAACACGUGCCAGUUCGAAGAGGAUGGUUCUAUCCUCCACCUAUUGACUAUUGCUUUGAUUCGAGGAUGUGGUGGUCAUUCAACAAAUUCAAGCGGAAAAAUCAAAUAUCCUGAUUGGACAUGGUAUCAUUUCGGUAGAAAUAAAUCAUGCGAAUGGAUCAUUACGGUGGAUGAACCGAAUAAAGCAAAAUGUGGUGAACGCCAGUAUGGAAACGAAGGCGAAAUAUCGCUGUAUGAUUAUCAAAAAAGUGAAACAUGUCAAUGGCAUGUAAGCGUCGAUCCAAGUCGUCACAUUGAAGUGACCAUAGAACCGUUCAACCUCGGCUCAAAACAAAUCCGAAACUGCUCGCUGAACUCACUUGAACUGUUCGAUGGUCUGGAAGUCGACGAAUCGGCCAGAAUCCUGCAUUUAUGCAACAGUGAAGAGACGAGGACGCUUGUUCGAACUACACUACCUUAUUUCACUGCUUACUUCAGAAGUGACUUCCCAUCCGAUUUUCCGACCGAUGAGUGUAAUGAAGAUGCGAAAUGCAGAAGAGGAUUCACCAUAAAAUAUAGAACAAUUGAAUUGGAUAAGGACUGUGGCGGUAAUAUUCUACCAGAUGCUGAUGGAAAUUUUGAUGGUGUCAUUCAGUCUCCAAACUAUGGCUUCAAUUAUUUCCCGAAUUUGGAUUGUCUUUGGAGUCUGGAUGCUUCAACAACAUCCAAUAGACCUGACGAUGGGCACGUGAUCAGGGCUGAAGUGAUUGAUAUGGAUAUACCUUCGUCACCGCCAAGCGGAAUUAAAGGUGAUCAAAGUUGUUCCAUAAAAUGA